AUGGAGGCACUAUCAGCACAACCCCCCUUCAACCCUGUCGGAGACAAGACUGCCAACCUCCUGCAGGCUCAAAACAUGGCUUCGGCAUGGAGCUCAUAUCUCUACCAGAACCAGAAUAGCUUCAUGCCUGGCAUGAACAACCAGGAUUGGCUCCUUGGUCUUGGUAGCAAUGCGGGCAACGCACCGGGCAACACCCAGGGCGCCACCGCCUCUGGCGCAGCACCAGCUGCCGGAACCGACCUGUUCCCGACAUGGGCUCCAACACAGCCAACAGACCAGAACCAGUUUCUCAUGAACAUGGACAUGUAUGGCGGCUCGAUCGCGCCUUCCCUUUUGGGAGCUCGAGGCGUCGCCCACAGCACUGGAAGUGGCACCCCAACAACCAUCGCAUCAAGUCUUGAUCUGGUUGACAAGAUUGUCGCUUCACCUUCCCCCAUCGGAUGCUCUCCCGGGCGGCAUAGCAACCCCGACUCGGACGCAGACGGCGAGGUCGACCCCGAGGCAGACACAAGGUCAAAUCACUCGCACCACAGCCAUGAGUCGGUACACGAGCAUGACGAGGGCGUCGAGCGCGAUGGCAUGAUUUGGGGUAUGAAGGUCGACCAGUACCGCGCCCUUAGUGCGCGUGAGCGGAAGCGCGUUCGCAAUCGCAUCUCGGCACGUACAUUCCGGGCCAAGCGCAAGGAGCAUCUCAGCUCGCUCGAGAGCACGCUCGGCACAAAGGACCUCGAGAUCAAGAUGGCUCACCAGGAGAUGCUUCGCCUCCGCCGCCAGGUCGCCGACCUCCAGCGACGUCUUGCAAAAUACGAGGCGCCAACAUUCUAA